CCCGCAGCAACUGAAAUGCGGAGUGACGCCCCAUACCAAGCCGUCCAAGGUCGUUGGACAAAACGGCGGGCUGCUCUGAAUGGGCCUGACCUGAGCGCUUGUCUUGACCAUCUGCAGCUUAACAAUUGUCCAAACAUUUCGUUUUAUAUAAUAGAACCCGUCCGUUAUCUAUAAGUAUAUAGGUACCCGUUUCUCAAAUAAUUGUACGUUUUUGCCAUAAUGGUGAAGCAACGUUGCCUUGAUCUACUAUUCAAUAAAAUACCUUCCAAUUUUAUCGCCUACAUUGAUGAAUGCCAUAUGCCUCGCAAUAAUAAUAAUUGGCUGUGGAAAUGUUUAAUAAAUGAGAAUUGUGAAAAAUAUACUUGCAUACUUGUUACUUCUGAAUUAUACAACUACAAAACUGUUGAGAAUUCUCAUCAGUCACUUAAAGUUCUGCAUACUUAUAAUUAUGAAACUUCCGAAAGUCUUGUAAAUAAGCUGUCAAAGUUAUCGUGUUCUGUUAGAAAACGGAACGAUCAACAAACAUUUAUCUUCAUAGAGUCAUUAUCUUGGUUUUUAAUUGAUUGUCCUAUCGAUUAUGAAUUUGAUUACUGGUGUCAGUUUGUUAUUGGUUCUUUGUUUAAUCUUUCUUUAUCACCCUAUGUACAACGAGUAGUUUGUAACUUUAAUCCUGUAAUAGAUAAUUCUAGCAAGGUAUAUUAUGGUGCAUCUUCCACAAUAAUUGAUACACUAGAAGCAUAUGCAACUUCUGUUAUUUACUGCCAGUCGUUGACAGAGAUUUCAAAUAGUUUGACGAAUCAGAUCUGUCAAUCUCUGAAAUUAUUUCAUCGUCGCAGCCUUCAGGGUGAGUGUAACAAAUGCAUAGAGAACUCAGUCUCUUUCAACAAGUCUUCAUUUACUGAAUGUGGUACCAUCGAACUUGAUACAAAAGCUUUAAAAAUUCUCAAGUACUCGAUAAAUAAAAAUGAACCAGAUUCUUUACCAGUGCCUAGUCCUUUACCUAAGAGCACUUUUAAUCUAACAAUGACUGAAAGUGAAAAAAUUGCUCGUAGUUUCGUCGUUUUACCGCAUGAUGCAGUACGGCUGUCCAACACAGUGGAGAAAAGUGAAUCUCCUGGUUGUGUUAUUCAGUAUCAGCCUGAUUGUUUUGAUGAUUUGGAUGACGAGGAUCCAGAUGAUGAUUUACAUAUUUGAACAUAUAGUUUUAACAUCUGAAUUAUUUUGAUAUAAUAUAUGAAAACAAAUAUUUUGAGGCUUCACCUUUUAAACCUUUCCUGUAAACUGUUUUCUCCCUAAGUAUUAAAUUGUAAUUAUUACUUGUAUUUUAUAUAAAAUAAGAUGUGUUAGAUCAUGUGGUUAAGUAUCUGUUCUCACUAAAUUAUAAACACUCAAGAUUAUUUACUUGUGGGGAAUGUUAUGUGACCAGCACAAUCCAUUAAAAAGGAAUUCAUUUUAAAUUUAUAAAAUGUAAUUUUCGAGCCAAUUUCCGUAUUAAGUCAGUGCAACUUUCAUUGUGUUAAAUAAUUAGGUGUGAUUCGCACUAAUUUAACUUUUGAAUUAGUUCGCUAUAAUUUUCGUUCAGCAGGACAUUCAUCUGAACUAAUUUUGUGUAAACUUCAUCCAGUGGGACAAAUGACUUAACUAAUGAUUGCUACGAUAAAAUCUGUAUGUAAAUAAAUGUAUUGAAAUGGGUCUCUACCAAUAAAAUUUCCCGGCAAUCUUUAACUUCUAUUUAUAAUUAGUGGGCCGGGAAAAAGGAUAAUCAGUCUCGUUCAGUAUUAUUAAGUCUGUCACAACGUAGAACCUGAAGGUUAUGUACAAGUUGUCGUACCCCAUCAGCUCAGAGAGG